CAUUCCAAAGAGAGAGAGAGAGAGAGAAAGAGAGAGAGAGUGUGGGAGCAAGUCAGCUGAAAGGCAAGGCCCAAGUUGGACUUACACAUCAGAGAUCCACGCUCUGGUGCUCCCUCUGUUUGCCCUCUGCCCCUUGCGCAGCCUAGUGAGGGCACGUUCUGAACCAUGAAGGCUGAGGAUUAUACAACGGUCAACCUGGAAGGUCAAACCCCAGAGCCUGAGGGCGGGAGGGAACUGAGACCGGAACAUCCCCAGCACACUGGCUCCUCGGACAAAGAGGACAGAGACCCCACCGGGAUGAAUCAGCACCUCAAGGUGGAUUUCCCGGAGAUUAUUGCUGAACCUUCCACCACUCACAGUUUCGACAGGGUCUGGGCCUGGAGUAACGUUAGCUUCGAGGUCUGCAAACUGUGGAGUUAUCGGAUCAUCUCUCUGCUCUGUGCAAUCCCCGCUUCCAUCCUCACCGGCUGCCUCUUCUCCUUCGUCACUUGUCUACGCAUAUGGUGCCUGGUGCCUUGUGUGAGGAUCUGUCGCCUCUGCCGGCCUACCUGCCAGGAGGUCUGCCAUAUCCUGACGGACAUCAUUGUCAGCCCGUUCUGUACCAGCGUGGGCCGCUGUUUCCGGAGAGUUCACCUUAUUGUGGCCAGAUACUAGUCCCACUCCCUG